AUGUCAGGGGGCAGCAGCUGCAGCCAGACUCCAAGCCGGGCCAUCCCUGCCACUCGCAGGGUCGUCCUUGGUGAUGAUGGCGCACAGCUACCACCCGGGGACUACAGCACCACCCGCAGCGGCAUGCUCCUCAGCACCACCCUGGGAGGUACCAGGAUCAUCUAUGACCGGAAAUUCUUGAUGGAAUAUAGAAACUCACCUGUGGCCAAAACAUCCCCAAGGGACCUGCCCACCAUUCCUGGAGUCACCAGCCCUGCCAGUAAUGAGCCCUCCAUGGAAGCCAGCCAGAGCCACCUGUGCAACAGUCCAGAAGAUAAGCGGGCAGGCGGUGAAGAGUCACAAUUUGAGAUGGACAUUUAA